AUGCCAGGAGAGCCCGGCAUAAAGCCGACUCGGGUGCCGAUCGGCUUCCCCGCAUAUAAAUUGGAGACUGCUUCACAUUCCCAAAGACCUGUGAAAUUGAGAAACACGCUGCACUCAAUGUCAUUGACAGCGCAAAUUCGCCCACGCAAGCUGGCCUACCAGCAAGGCGCCAUUCGGCGCUUCGCAACGACUCGGUAUCUUCGCACGGACGCUACUUCGGUAGCUGCGUCAUUCUUGUCGCGCUUCCAAUCCUUAGGGCCGCAGAUUCGCACUCAAACGAUAGAUGCGAACCAGCUCCAGCUCCUCUCACUCACCCUCGAUCGACCGAGUCUCUUCCCCGGCAUGCCCUCACUAUCCAAUGGCUCGCCCCCGCAACCUGCAACGCCAGUGCCGCCGGGUUACCACCUGGCGUAUUUUACUCCUGCAUUUAUGGAAAGCGAACUAGGCGCGGAUGGAACGGACGCCUCAUAUAACCCAGCGACGCCUUUUACACGCCGCAUGUGGGCAGGGGGCGAGGUGCUGUGGCCUCGGGGUGCAGAUGGGAAACCUAAUCUAUUGCGCGUGGGACAGCACGUUCAAGAGACAACACGGGUGUUGAGUGCCGAAGCAAAAGUAGUGAAGAAGACAGGGGAAGAUAUGAUUGUUGUUGGGGUUGAGAAGGAAUUCGCCAACGACCAUGGCGUGUCAAUCGUGGACCGACGAAACUGGGUGUUCCGCAAGGCACUGCCUAUCCCAUCUGCGUCUGCGCCCAGCGCUGCUCUUCCCCAGUCAACGUCACACCUGGCAACCCCAAAUCCUGCCUCGGCCGACAUCUCGACAGAGGCGAAUACCCAUACACGCACUCUUGUGCAGACUCCUGUGACCUUGUUCCGAUUCUCUGCCUUGACGUUCAAUCCCCACAAGAUUCAUUAUUCGUUGCCCUGGGCCAGGGAUGUAGAAGGGCACAGGGAUGUGGUCGUACAUGGCCCGUUGAACUUGAUUUCGAUCCUCGAUCUUUGGCGUGACGUUAAAAGUCAACAUGCCACAGAUCGUAGCGUAGUUGUUCCCCGACGCAUCUCCUAUCGAGCAACGAGUCCGUUGUAUGCCGGCGACGAAUACCGCAUUGUGCUUGACGAAGGCGCAGAAACUAAGGUGCAAAUCAUCGGUCCUGAAGGGGUAGCCAUGAAGGCCGAAAUAGACUAA